AUGUCUUACACUAACGGGCGACCCAAGAAGUCUUCGCAAUCGCUGACAGCUUCACAACUGACAGGACUUAAGAAAGGCCCAAAGGCCUCGAUCAUUGUCGGUCCUGAUGACGACCACUUCAUCGGCUUGGAAGGCGUUUCUAUCAGUCUUAUCUCGCACUUUUCCCCAUAUGCGAAGAAGAAACUUAUCGAGGAGCGUACCGGAAAAUUGUGUAUUCCCAAUGGAUCGAAGCUGCCCGUCCGUUGGAUCUACAAGUACAUGCAAGCUGGCGAGAAGGACCCGGACGAUGAAGACACUUUCGAACAGCUACCCUUUGAUAGUCUCGUCUUGCUAUACACCCAUAGCGCAUUCCUCCAGUACGAGCCUCUCCUGGAUCGCAUUGUUGGACGUCUCAAGGGCAAGUAUCAUAGUGCCCUACCCACCAUCGAAGAGAUCACGACUUUCUCUGCCUUCAUCCCGCCUCUCCUCGACUACUCAGCGCGUGUCCUCGCCCAUGAGAUGGCCAAUCCUUGGGCUUGCAACUACUCCGCUUACCUAGAGUACGCCAAGGUGGAUGAUGCAUUCGAAGAUGCGUUGGAUAAGGCCAUGAAGGACCUUCUUGCGCACCGCAUUCAGAACGGCAAGCAUUACUAUGCCACAAUCACCAAUCUGGGUGUCCGCUGGUCGCAGAACUACUACGACAACCUUAAGAACCUCAGCAUCACUUCUUUCAAGCUACGGGACCCAGCUGAUAGUGAGAAGAAGGUUGCUUCUGGUCCGAACAACAAGAUCCGUCGUGGGCGCCGCGGCGGCAAGCGACCAGCCAGGCAAUCGGUCAAGUCAUCUCAAGACACCACAGGAACACAGGACGAGACAUCUAGCGAACAAUCCCAGCACCUGGAGAGGGUCAUCAUUUGCUUCAACUGCCGGGAAGCUCACCACAUUGCACGGGACUGCUUGGCCAAGCCGGUCUGCUUCAACUGUAGCGUUGCAGGCCACGCCUCGCGCGACUGUACAGAAGGCCCUGACGAGCUAUGCGUAUCGAAAAAACAGGCACAGGCAGCUCGCGUUUGCUACAACUGUAAUGAGAAGGGUCACAUCGCCAAAGAUUGCACGGCCCAUCACAAAGGAGACGGUCCCGAAGACCAAGCGUCAGCCGUUCACUCGCUACAACUGCCGUGGAAAGGGGGCCACAUCGCUCGCAACUGCAAGGCUGAGACCAAGACGCCCUCUACCAACAACGAGCGUGCUCCGCCAGUCUGCUACAACUGUACCGAGGAAGGCCAUCUGGCUCGGGACUGCUCUGCGCCUGCUGCUGGGGCAUACAACAGCGGCCCGCGUGAUGUAUCUGGCCGCAACCGCCACUUCCGUCGUGCUCAGCAUGAUCGAGUAGCCAAGCGCAUCGAGGUCAUGGGCAACGGUGAAGGCCUUCGUACUUGCGAUCGCGAAGUGCGCAAGGGAGAAUUGACUCGCACAGGCCUUGUCGUCUAG